UAAAAGCAUCCAGAGUAAAAUUUUAAAUAAUUUUUUAACAUAUUAUGAUUCAUUGCUGUCAAAUGUUUCCCAAGUGAACUGAUUAAUAUCCAUGCACUACUGUUGUCCUUAUCCGGUAGAUUGUUAUUCAACUUAUUCAAUUAUGAAUUGCUCUCUGGUUGCUCAGGCUUUGAAUUCCAUUAACAUUACGCGAGAAGCACCCAGCAGACCCAGUCACCCACUUAAUAUUAAAGAGUAGAUCUUUCAAACACCCAGGAAAAAACAUUCCUAUAACACGUAUUAGCAGAUUAUUCGAUUUCUGACUGCAACACAACCGCAGAGCUCCGAUACCGGAACUUACUCACGCCCACGAGCUAGGACGCGCCCCCGCCAGCGCGAGCGCGCCUCCGCCCCGCUUCUGGCGUGGACGCGCCCGGAGGGAAAGCGUUCUGACGCCACGGCCAACAUGGAAUUCUCGGUGCCCGGUCGUUCCUAGCCCGCCGUCUCGCUCUCUCCGCGUGGCUCCAAACGGAGACAAGCUUCGAAUCGGGACCGGCGCGCGCAGUUCCGGACUGGACCGAGCCGGAGGAAGCGACCUCGCAGUAAGCGUCCCCGACCCCAGCCCAUAACCGCGAAGAGGAGCCCGACCCGCUUCACGGGAAGGAGGCGACAGUCGGGACAGCUCAGCUCGGAGAUCCUCGGCCUUUAUUUGGACGGUCCUGUGGGAAACUAGAGUGAUGGAGAUGACCCGUUUCAGGUGCUGGGAAUGGCCCUGCUAUGCAUGAAGAACUCCCUCUUCCCCAGAAAGAUCAGAAGUAGGUGUGGAGUGGGCGAUGUGAGCGAGGCCCGCCUCCUCUGAAUUCCAAAAUGAGCGAGGUGCAGGCCACGGUGGAGUUCUGCCUGGAGCUCCUCAAGUUCUACAACGUGGACCUCUUCCAGAGAGGGUUUUACCAGAUCCGUAGUAACCUGAAGGUGCCCCAGCGGUACCCUCACAAGGUGGAAGCCAGCCUUCUGAAACCCACAGGCUCUGAUCUUGCCUUCCCUGCCAUGGUCCACAAUGAAACCGUAUGCAGCAAAACCUUUCAGAUACUUUAUAAGAAUGAGGAGAUUGUUGUCAAUGAUGUCCUUGUGUUCAAAGUCAAGUUGCUGCUGGAUGAAAAGAAGGUUGAAGAGUCACUGAACGACAUGGACUUUCAGUUGUCUUUAGACCUGUACUUCACCGAUGGGGAUUACUCGCCGGAAGAGCUGAAUUCCAUGCAGAACAUCAGCAGCCGCACCCUGCGAUUCCACUUUGACCUCCAGCGGGGCAUCCAUCAGCACGUCAACGUCAUGUUCGACUACUUCCACCUGUCCGUCAUCUCCGUGACCAUCCAUGGCUCCCUGGUGGCCCUGCACCAGCCACUGAUCAGCUUCCCACGGCCGGUGAAGAGCACGUGGCUGAACCGCAACGCCCCCCCUCAGACCAAGGACUCCGUGGUUCCGGCCCUGGAGCGCGUGGUGUUUGGCACGGCUUACGUCAAACAGGUCUCCCCUGAUGGUCGCUCGUUCGUGGUGUCGCCGCCCUGUCUGCAGCACGCGUACCACCUGCACUACAGCCUGUGCGCCAGCCUUCUCCUGGCCUACCAAGGACUCUUCAACUACUUCACCACGGUGACCAAGGACCUGCCCUGUUCCCACCGCAUGGAGCUGGCCAAGCCCAGCAUGCCAGUCCUUUAUGAGCGAGCUCUCAGAAGACCGUUUCCCCGAGGCCAGGCGCCCGUCUGCAUAGAGAAACUGGAUGUGGAGGCGCGUCUCUCUGAGCUCUGUGAACAAGUCAAGCAGAAGGAGUCGAGCCCUGAUGAGCUGGCAGAGCUGGUGAACAUGAACCUCGCCCAAUUGUGUUCCCUCCUGAUGGCCCUAUGGGGACAGUUCCUGGAGGUGGUGACCCUGCAGGAGAGCAUAGCCGUGCUCCUGGCCCUGGAGCACCACACUCUGCGCGUUCGCAGGUUUGCAGAAGCCUUUUUCUGCUUUGAGCACCCAAGGCAAACGGCUCUUGCGUAUCAGGAACUGCACGCUCAGAGCCACCUGCAGAUGUCUGCCGUCAUCAAGAACUCCAGCUACUUCCUGUCACUGCCGCCGCUGCCUGUGGAGUGUGCCGACCUGGAUGGGGAUUCCAGCUCCCUGCCCAUUAUCUUCGAGGACCGAUACCUGGAGUCGGUAACUGAAGACCGCGACGGACCCUGGCUUGGCAUGCACAGUGCCAGAGGUGCCCCGGCCUCCAGCAAGGCUGACAGGUCCGACGCCAAAGAUUGUGGCGCCGCGGGGCUUCCCAGCCCGGAGCCCAAGCUGCAGCAUGUGCCGGCAUGGAGCCUGCGGCCCGCUGAUGGUGACGCACCACCGAAGGCACAGAAGGGGGCGACAGAUGACUGUAAAUCCAGGACCAAGUCCAUGAAGCUGAAGAAGAACCUCAAGACGGGGGACCCUAAAAAGCUCAUUGGGCCGAACCCCAAAGACUCUGUGGUCCUGGUGGGAUAUAAAAACUUCAAGGCCCCCCUCGCCGAUUUCCUGAGUAAAUAUGAAGACGGCGAGUCACUUGGGAAUCAGCAGAUGGAGUGGAAGCCGUUGUUGCGGGAUCCCAGCACCGACAUACGGAAGCCGGACUCCGCACCUUCUCCAGCUUGUCACGCUGUCCUGGGGUCUCCUGCAGACGCUAACAUAAGCGGGACAAAUAGCCAGAUCAGAGGUGAACUUGCUAAUCACUGUGCUGCGCAGGUUAACCCCAGCACGCAGGCGGUUAGCGUGGUUCCUAUAGCAGAAACGCAGCAUCCAGAAACUUCUGGCCAAAAUGCAACCAAAGCGUCUGGGCUUCCAAGGCACAUAGAAGUCAAGCCAAGCGCCAGGAACCCUUACCUGGGGGAGAAGGUGACUGUUCUCCUGCCAAACUGGAACAGUGGCUCAACGCUAAUGGAUUGCUGCUCGGACGCAGGGUGUGAGAAGUCACCAGGAAGUGACCUUGUGUUUGAGAAGGACCCCAGGUGUGAGGAGAGGAUGCUGGAUGCUGGUGAGCAGGCCCUCCUGCCCAGGGAGGUGCUCUUGGGCGUGCGAGCAGACGGCACCAAGCUGCCAGGCAAAGGGGCCCCUUGUGCCUCUUCUCGCCUCUCCGAUUCGGGCUUUGAGAGUGAGCCAAGCUCUUUCGCCACUGUGCCAGGCCCGGGCUCCCAGCUUGCCGGGGGAUUUCUGGCCCCCGAGCGGGACCUCCAGCAAGCAGGGAGGCCGUCCCAGGGUCCUCAGCGGGCCCCGUCUGAGCCAAGCGCCGCUUUCAGGAGCAGCGGGGCCAUGGAGGGUCUCUGUACCGAGAGCACCAGUGCCAUCAGCGGCAUCCAGUCAUCUCUCACCUCCAUCAACUCCCUGCCAUCUGACGAGGAGGGAGAGAGCACCUCCCAGUGCUUCGUGGGCACAGCGCCGGAUAGAGCGACGGGCUGCUUACAGCGGAGAGAGGGGAGCCUGAGUACCGUGACACAGGGGACUGCCUCCAGCACCAUUAGGGGUCCGUACUGUCUCAGCAGCAGGGCAGAAGCUACCGACUCGGACUCACCGACCGCUUGGCCCAGCAGCUGCAACACAGCCCUAAGUCCUGCCGUCGGCAGUGCUGUUUCACACCCCUCCACUGCUUCGGGAUCCACAGUUAGUGCUACGCGACAAGGUGCCACGGAGCCCAAUCCCGUCCCGGACUCCAGCGAGGAUGCCUGCGAGGGAGCCGUCGGCCCCCCCAGCGAGCCGCACACAACCUGCCAGUCCAGCACCUCAGCCACCAGCAGCACCGACAUCGUGAAGCGGGGCCUGGUGGAGAACUACUUCGGCUCACGCUCCAGCACCGACGUCUCCGAGAUCAGUCCAGUGGACACGGCCGCCGUUACCCUGCCUGACCAGCAGGGGGCGGCGAAAGCAACAGAGGAUGGAGAGGAUGAGGAAUGUGAGCACGAGAUGAUUGAGAACGGUUAUUAUGAGGAUGAUGAUGGCUUGGCAUUUGUGAACGGGCUGGCUGAGAGAGUGGAGGGUGUAGAGGGGAAUGGGGAGCUGUGUCCGCACCCCAGGCUGCACGGCUUGGAGCACUUCAGUGAAGCAGCCGACCUGGCCAGCCAGCGGCCCCCUGAAGGCUCCUCCCUCACUUCUGCUGCCCGGGGCUCCUGCCUCACGGUGUCCUCCAUACACUACUGGGAGAGCAUCCCCUCGCCACAGAUGAAGAUCUUCUCCCAGGCCAAAGAGGACCUCAGCAGGUUAGGGCUACCGGGCUUCCUGUACAGUGGGGUUCCUGACUUGGCGUCGAGUGUCCCCUACUUCAGCACGGAGGAGGAGGCCAGCUCCGAAGAGGGCAUACACCUGAUCGUGUGCGUCCAUGGCCUCGACGGUAACAGUGCUGACUUGAGGUUGGUGAAGACCUACCUGGAGCUGGGCUUGCCAGGGGCUCGCAUUGACUUCCUCAUGUCCGAGCGCAAUCAGAAUGACACCUUUGUGGAUUUUGACUCCAUGACGGACCGGCUGCUGGACGAGAUCAUUCAGUACAUCCAGAUUUACAACCUUACAGUCGCGAGGAUCAGCUUCGUCGGCCAUUCCCUGGGCAACCUGAUUGUCCGUUCGGUGCUGACCAGGCCCAGGUUCAAGUGCUACCUGAACAAGCUGCACACCUUCCUGUCGCUGUCUGGUCCACACCUGGGCACCCUGUACAACAGCUCCGCCCUCGUCAACACCGGCCUGUGGUUCAUGCAGAAAUGGAAGAAGUCCGGCUCCCUGCUACAGCUGACGUGUCGCGAUCACUCAGACCCCCGGCAAACCUUCCUGUACAAGCUAAGCCAGAAAGCAGGUCUGCAGUACUUCAGGAACGUGGUGCUGGUGGGCUCGCUGCAGGACCGCUACGUCCCAUAUCACUCUGCCCGCAUCGAGAUGUGCAAAAUCGCCUUAAAGGACAAACAGUCAGGUCCCGUUUACACGGAGAUGAUCGAAAACCUGCUGCUUCCUGUCCUGCAGAACAAAGACUGUAACCUGGUCCGUUACGACGUCACCCACGCCCUCCCCAACACGGCCAACUCUCUGAUCGGCCGGGCUGCCCAUAUCGCUGUGCUGGACUCUGAGAUAUUCUUGGAGAAGUUCUUCCUGGUGGCUGGUCUAAAGUACUUUAAGUAGCUGGUUAGACAGAUUGGGGGGGGGGUAUCAAGCUAUUACCUCAUUGCAUUCACAAGAAAUGUUGAUAUUGUAUCUGAUUCCUGUUUUAGUUUGAAAUAUUUAUACUUUUAUAUGGGAGGAGUAAGAAGGUGUCAGUGUUUCUAGCUGUGUCUCGCUGUCUCACCAGUCCAUUUGUGGAUGUGUACUUCUCAUUUUUACUUUUCUACUGGCAUUUUUUAAAUUAAUUUAUUUUUUUUAUAUGCACCAAGGCUGGUAAUUUGUUUCCUUGUGAUCUCGGUGGUGGUGUUUUAUUUAUGGAAAAUAACAAUUUAAUAUCCCUGUGAUGGACACACACAAUGGUAAUACUGAACUGGAAGAUGGCUGGUUACAGUGAUGUGCAUUGUGAGCAGAAAAGCUGCAAAUCAUUCUGCUUGCCUUCAUCUCAGACGUGAAAAUACUUUUUUUUAAAUAUAAAACACUUUUAAGCAUUAAUGUGCUGCAUACCUGUGGGGAAUGAUAUUUCUAUAAAAAUUAAUUUUUGCUACUCUACACUUUUUUACAAUCCAGGUUUUUUUUUUUUUUAAUUGUUAAAGGCUUCCAGUAGUUUAUAAAAUGACAUUUUAGUUCCCAUGCCGAUGCUGAAAUGGGCUUUAAGCCCAUGCAAGUUAAUGCAAGUAUUAACCUUGUAAUCUUGGGUUUAGGGUGAUUCAUUCUUUAAAGACAUCAGAUUAAAGACUAGGCAAAGGAUAGGUCAGUUUGACUGAACUUGUUUAAUGUAAAAUGGUGGUUAUACAUUUUAAUUUAAGUAUUAAGGUUUUUGGCUUUAAAGUAUAUGUAAUAAAAAUAAACAUUUUCUAUUUGGUUAUAAUUCACUUGCAAUUGGUCCAAAGCUACAGUAGGUUUUGAUGGUUGUAUUUGAGUUACUUGGUGUGACCUGCUGUUAAGCUAAUGCACCAAGCGAUGCAAAGAGCUGAUCUUUCACGUAAGUCAGAGUUGCAACUUCGUAAUACACAGAUGGACAGAUGUGACGGAGACGGUUAAUGAGGCUUUGGGAUGGAACCGCAUAAAACAUAUGUGUAUGCUGAAUGCAGACCCUACAAACUGUAACUAAAGACUGCACAACACAGUGAAUGCACAACCAGAACCAUUGCACAAAUAUAUGAAAUGUCAAACUCUUAACACUACCGAGAGCAUAUGUUGUAUGAAUAUUGCAUGUUUUUUAAAAAAUAAAAAAUAAACCUGACAGCUUGUGACUAAAAUAAAACCCUGUAAAUGUA